AUGAGCGAAGAUGACAAUUCAGCAUCAGCAAAUAAGGACAAAGAGUCGACUCUCCUGCUCACUAAAGACGGACAAAGGUACUACGUGAAUAAGAGCGGAGUAGUCGACAGCAGGAAUGUGAUAACGCCGCACGAACCAGAGAACAACGUCUCCUCCUACGACAUGGAUGAUCCGGACGAGGAGAGCGACGUCCUGGACACUUCAGAUCCCAGAGACAGCGCCGCCAGCCCGGAGGAGCUCAACGACGAGGAGACCUCAGAGGGCGACAACGCUCCCAAACAGUGCACCUACGAGGGGUGCACAGAGACCACAACGCAGGUGGCCAAGCAGAGGAAACCGUGGAUGUGCAAAAAGCACCGCAACAAAAUGUACAAAGACAAGUACAAGAAGAAGAAGAAUGAUCAGGCCAUGUCCAGUGGAAAAAUUGAUGAAAACUCAGAGGAGCGGCCCGUGUCUGUGAACAAACAGCGUCUGGGUGCCAUGGGGGACCGGCCAGCCAGACCCUCCUUGAUAGAGCAGGUCCUCAACCAGAAAAGACUGUCCCUGCUCAGGAGUCCAGAGGUCAUCAGCUUCCUGCAGCAGCAGCAGCAGCUCCUAGCCACACAGGGCCGCAGCCAAUCACAGCAGCAGUUCCAGGGCUGCUGACACCGGCUGGUCACUGUGUUUUGGAAUGAAUAGAGAACAACAGUGAAGAAGAACUGGCACCUCAUUGAUAAAUGGAUUGUAACCGUACACUGUAACCAUGAAUUUCCCCAGCCAGACUGCCACCACACAGAAGAAACAAGAACAUGGGAUGUUUUAAAGGUGCGGUGAGACUGGUGGACGAAACUAGAUGAACUGAUCUAAAUCCCUCAAAAGGCGUACAUUUCUCAAGUAGCAGACAAUAUAAUCAAACCAUGCCUGGUGCUGUUGAGGAAAUAUAAUUUCCUACAUACAAGCCAACAUUUCUUUUUAAUUACUUUUUAGUUACUCUCCAAAAUUAUAUUCUUUUUGUUAAUUAUCUUUUUCUAUGUGGCACUAAUAAUGAAGGCAUUGGAUUAUAGUUGUUGUUAACAUUAACAACAUUACAGUUUCUUUGUGUGUUUAAGUAUCGCGUGUGUUACUUUUCAGGCUGUUGUCUCUUAGGAAUGAUUGAUCUUCUGUGUUUUUAAUGUUUCCUCUUCAACAUGAAGUGUUGUUACAUGUGACAAUCAGUUGUGCAACGCAUGUCUGUAGCCUUGUCUCUGUCAAGCGGGGUGUUCAAGACAUGUUUUAAACAAUAUUUUAUAUCCCUGUUUAUCUGAAAACGCUGCACAAAUGGUGAAUUCUAACUGUAUAAACAGUAAUUAAGUUUAGUGCGAAGAAUCUUGUACAUGCUAGCUCUGCUGGCUCUGUGUUGAAAAGUGGCAUUAAUAAGUCAUGUACUGUGUGUUGUUCCUGUGUUUUUCAGUUGAAGUGUAUACCCCUUACUGUGAAUGAGAGUAAAAUUAUGACGCUAA